CGACACUCUAAAGACCUCUGCCAAGUUCAGCCGCGUUUUCCCCACACACUCUUCAACUUCUCGGGAUAUCGAACCCGUGGUUGGGAAAUUGCACCAUGCAGCUGGCCAACGAGUUUAGACAUGCUUACAGCAUUGCUUCAGGCCCCGACCUUGCCGCAGUCCUGACGCCAAUUGCGACCUCGAACAACCCAGACCGGCUGCGAUCUUUCUACCAGUACACGAACAUUCAAUACCUCACAAAAGAUCUCCAAGCAAAUCUCUUCCACGGAAAGAACCUGAAAGUACCGAAACCCGAACAAGCUGCCUGGGUUGAUAUCUUCGCGGCAUACUGGGAAGCAGUGGGGGAGGUGCUAAAGUGUGAGGGUCGGCACCCCGGAGCCAGUGCAACUGCCAUCUUCACUGCCUGGAAGAAGGUUGCCAAUGCUCUUAUCAAAGGGUAUGCCGGAUCAAAUGGUCUCCCUGCAUGGACACUGCCGUGCCUGUAUACAGUCGGCAAAUUUCUACGAACCUUUGCGAUCAAGGCAGACUUGGAGGUUGCGUCGCAGGGCUCCUCGGACUUUGGCUUCCAGGAUGAUCUUGCGGUGGAUGUUGAGGAAAAUGCAAACUUGGAGGAAGCUGCACGGAUCAUUAAUCGGAUGUUUACUCUUUGUCUGAGUGAUCGCGCCCCCCUUGAGGAGUCGCGGAAGUGGGGAAUUUACGAAACUACCAACCUACUUUUCAAGACUUACUUCAAGAUCAACUCUGUUGGCCUUACGAAGAACUUGCUCCGGGCAAUCAACGCGCAAUCCCAUGAGCUGCCACCGCUUGACGCAUUCCCAAAGUCUCAUAUCGUCACGUUUGAGUACUAUCUCGGAGUCAUUCACUUUUUGGAUGAGCAGUAUACGAAGGCCGAAGAGCACCUCACUAAUGCCUGGAGAAUGUGCCACCGUGAUGCAUAUAAGAAUCGAGAGCUGAUUCUUACAUACCUGAUUCCCUGCCACCUGGUGACCACCCACACUCUCCCCAGCAAACAACUUCUUGCGCCUUUCCCCCGAUUAGAGCAAACCUUUCGUCCCUUGUCCAAUUGCAUUCGCAAGGGUGACCUCGUCGGCUUUGACCAGGCCAUGUCUGCCGGGGAAGCAGAAUUUGUGAAGCGACGCAUCUACCUCCCGCUAGAGCGGGGACGCGACAUUGCGCUGCGCAAUCUUUUCCGAAAGGUCUUUAUUGCUGGUGGAUUUGAAGAAUCCAAAGAUGGCCAGCCUCCUAUUCGGCGAACCCGAGUGCCCGUGGCUGAAUUCGCGGCUGCGUUGAGAAUCGGAACCCAUGCAACGGGUCGAACACGCGUGGAUAUUGACGAGGUCGAGUGCUUAUUGGCCAACCUCAUUUACAAGGGUCUCAUGAAGGGCUACAUUGCGCGUGAACGCGGCAUGGUCGUCUUGAGCAAGAAUAAUACCGCAUUCCCAGGCACCGGCGUCUAAGAAUUAUGCAUUCAUAGGAACUCGCUCGACCUUUCGAAGCUUGCCAUUGGAACGAGCGAGUGACUAUACCUAGAGCCUGCACGUCUGGAAGCCCUUACCAAAUCAUAGUCCUCGGAAGACUGAAAACUCGCUACUCCAAACGCCCACCGACACUCUCAUCUUAACCUGGAUAUUCAAACUUAUCGCCUAAGGUGAACUCUAGCCGCAUUGCGGGCAUCGCGGAGAUGCCGAUAUACUCGAGGCUCGAAGAAAACAAUCUCAGCAUCUGACCAGCCUCAUCUCACAUUCCUCCCACCCGCCACACAAGCAAAUGGAGACUGAUACAAUUGCUACGUGCACAUUGGUCUACGAUGGAUAUGACACGAAGAGAACGGAACACCACGGGUUCUCUUCCAUAGUUAAGAAACAUAUCUGCAUUCCUACCUCAUUCUGCCCUUACGGUUGAUAAUAUUAUAGUUGUACAUGGGUAUAAAACCAUUAGACCCCUGCUCCUGCAGUGGUAAGAAAAACAAUACAAACCCAUACACUGGAAAGAUCUCGCCAGCUCUUGAGUCCUUAAUCCAAACAAGUACACCAACUGCAAACCCAACCUACCAACCCUGUCCAUACUCCGGAACUGCCGUACUACAAACCGACAUGGCCGACGGAUAAACAUCAUCCUA